AAAAAAAAAAAAAAAAAAAAAAAAAGAUCCCCCUCAAAUUUGGGAUUCUGAAGCUGAGAGCCUGUUUUGUGCUGCAUUUCUUCUCUAGGCCUUGAUUUCUUUUCUUCUCUUUUUUCGCUGGGCCCGGACUGGCGGGAGGCCGUCGUGUCCAUUGCCGAACCUAACGAGCUGCCGCUCCUUCCCACGCCUCCAGCUACCGGAGACAACGCGGCGGCUCUCUGUCCCAAGCCGCAGCUGUUGCAUCAUGAUGUCGAGCCUGUUUUCGUUCGGUCGGCGUCCCUCGUGGCUUCGUCUUGCAUCGCUACCCCCGGCCGAAAGUCACUACCGGCACGAUUCACCAAUCGUCGGCCGAAUCACCGCCGCGUGCACCUCGCCGAACCACCACCGUGGCCAUCCUUUGCCUGGCAGCACCGUACCGCCGGUCAUCCGUCGAGCCGAUUCCGAUGAAGUCCAAAUUUGGCACUAUUAUCCUGUGAAUUUAGUAUAUUCCCGAGUAUCUCCGUCUUCAUUGGAAUAUCGGUCAUCUUUGUGUGCUCUACCGUGGAAGCAUUCCAAAAGCCUCAGCUCACUUCUUGGCCAGGCCACGCCACACCAAGUUACCAACCUUUUUUUCUCCUCUGAGGGGAGAGAGAGAGGUCUGGAAGUAAUACGCUUCCCAGAUAUGGCACACUCAAAGGCCAGAGCAUCACAAGUUCAGUAUGAUGUGUUCUUGAGUUUUAGUGGAGCGGAUACUCGUUUUGACUUCACGGACUUCCUCCAUCAAGGCUUGAAUAAUGCCAGAAUCCGCGUAUUCAGGGAUGAAGAUGCAAUCGAGGUGGGUGAUAAGAUUGAUGAGACAAUUCUACAAGCUAUUGACAACUCCAAAAUCUACAUACCCAUCAUCUCUCAUACUUAUCCUGACUGUGAAUGGUGUCUCAUCGAGCUUGAACACAUGAUGUACAAUGUGUUUAGGUCAAAUGGCAAAAAAAGGAUUUUUCCCAUCUUUUAUAAAGUGGAACCUGCGCAUGUUAAACAUCGGACUCCACGCCCCAAAAACCUUUCCUCCGAAGUCGAACUUGGGGCGUUCAAAGAGGCUCUUGCAAAGGUUGGUCAAAUCAAGGGAUGGAAGGUCGAAGAGGGACAAAGCCAAGCAAAAAUUGUCGAUUUGGUCGUUCAAAAGGUUUUGGAGGAGCUAGGUAGAAAAGAUGAGUCACAGACUGAGCAUCCGAUUGAGCUUGAUGACUUGACAGAGUCACUUGAAGACUCUUAUAAUUGUGCAGUGAUGUGCUUAAAACUUAUGUGAAACAAUGCGGUCCAAGUGCAGCGGUAUGCCGGAAGAGAGAGUCUAAGCAGAGGAAGUAUAGGGAGAGGGACGAGUCUAAGCAGUAAUAGUACAGAGGGGAGAUGGAGUAAUCUAAGCAUAAAUAGGAUUGAGGGCAUGGACAUGGAGGAGGCUAGGGUGAGUACAGGGAGGAGUGGAAUCAAAGGGAGUCUAAGCAUAAAUGGGAUGGAGGAUAUGUACAUGGAGGAGGGCAGUGGGAGUACAGGGGGAGAAGGGGAAGCAGCAGAAGCGGAGGGAGCAGUGGAAGCAGCAGAAGGACUAGCAGCAGCUGAAGAGGGAGGAGUGGGAGCAGUGGAAGCAGCAGGGAAUAGCAGCGGGGAAGAGGAAGCGGGGGAAGCAAUGAGAGGAAGUUUUCAAGAUAUUUGUUUGGGGACGUUCUUGGUGUGCCUUCUUUAUGCAUUGUGUUUUAGCCUUUCUCUUCUUAAAAACAAGGAAACAAGUCGAUAAACGGAUGGGUUAUGGAUGCUUCUUCGUUUUUUGAUCAGCAUGGGAUGGUAAACGGCACUGGUCAAACUUGUAAGGAGAGUUUCCAUAGAUUUGAUAAGUAUCUCAACUUCUGUAAUUCAAUCAUCUCGAGAAUUCUGAUCCUGGUGCUUGUGGUUGGGCAUAUGGUAUGAAAAUAUUUGAUCUCAAAGAGUGGAAGAAGAGAAGCAUCAUAGGAAUAUAUCACCGAUAGCAGGAAAUGAACGAGGAUAGGACAUUGUGGAUAGUGGGCGUCUUACCCCCUGGAUUGGUCACUUUCUACAAUCUGACUAAAUAGUUCGAUCAGAGGUGGCAUCUGUUUAGACUCGGCUAUGAUCCAGCACUCAACCGGACAGAAAUGGACAAUGCAGCAGUCAUUCAUUACAAUGGAAACUGUAAACCAUGGUUGGAUUUGGCAGUCUCCAACUAUUUUGUAAAUCUACGAUCAGUCUUGAGUGUAUGCAUAAUAAACCAAUCAAAGAGAAGGAACUUUGCCAUGCAAUUACAUUUCAAUUUGACGUUCCUGAGAAUUGCCGACACAGUCUCGCAGGUUAGAGAACUGUCCUCCAAUGGAAGAUGGCAUGAAGUGUUAGUCCACUUUAACAAAGCAAAGUGAGCAGGAAUUGAAAUCACUGAGCCUUCCAUGAUUAAUUCUGUUGUCAUAGCGUCGUCAAAGCGUCUUUCAAAGGUAUCCAAUAAACAAGGGAAGUCCAUCCAUGCUUGUGUGCUCAAGCAGGGUCUCGAUAACAUUCUCUUCCAUCAGCAAUUCUGUCAUGGAUUCGUACAUGAAGUGCAGGGACUUGGAAUCCGCGUUGGGCGCCUUCCAGUCAAUGCAAAGCAGGGACUCCGUGUUGCAGAAUGUGCUCACUCGUAGGUUUCUUCAUCAGGGAAAUUUGGAAUGAAGGUUGUCAUGAUUUCGGCGAGCCCAAGUUGAUGGAUUCGAACCCAAUGUCUCCACUUUGGUACUGGUUUUCCAGGUGCAUAUGUGGAUGUUGAUAUGGAGCGAGCAGAUGGACUUUCAUACGCUCUUGAAGUUCAUCAAUGAGUGGAGUGGGCACAUUGAUCUCGAUUCAAUCUUAGGAAUGCAGAGACAUUAUGCAAAUGUCCAGGGAUAGUUUGUUCAAAACAGAGAUGAGCAUGAAAAGGCACAAGGUUUCAGGAUGUACCCAGACAAGAUAUGAUGAAUUAUGAUCACCUGACUUAAUGUGAAAAACAUCAGAUCAGCAUUUAAAUUAGUGGGAAAUCUCUCCUUCCCCCGCCAAUGAGGGGGAUAAUUGAGGCCAGUCCUGAUGAAUGAAGACAUGAAGCAAAAUGAAAUUGAUUCAACACAAGAAGGGUGUAUCAUUCCUAAAUUAGUCCAAUUCAAGUUUGAAAUGCAAGUAACAUGUCCCAUCUCUUGUAGGACAAGGUGCACAUCAACUGCGGGAGCGACGCCUUCUACCAAGUUGGCAUGCUAAGGCCAUCCAUUUUGUUGUAAAGGAUGUAUAUCGUUCCUAAAAUGAUUUCUAGUCAAGUGUGGAAAUAACAUGCCCAGUCUUCUAAAUGUCUCUUUGAGAUGAGCAUUUGAAAAGAGCAAGAAUUGAACUUUGUGGAUUAUCGUAUGCAGUAAAGAAAUGUUUUUCAUAAAUAAAAUCAAGGACAUAGAGACAUUUUUCAAGCAAUCCUGUCACUUUAGGUGAUUUAUGUCAUGCAUAUCAUGCAUAUAUCCUUCAUAAUAUUUUCCUAACAUGUGUUGCCUUCAUUCUUGAUAGGAAAUGUCAUACCCGAAGAACAAAAACACGUGAAGGAGUCUUGACCGUAUAAAUAUGUCGGCUUUUGGAAGGUAUAAAUGCUCAAAUACUAGACAUGCAAGCUAGGUUGCUGUUAGACACGCUGGGGAAGAGUAUUGAGUCUGCUUUGCAUUAGUAGCUGAGCCAUGGCAGGCAUCCAGUGAAAUGUUUCCUGGAAUUGAUCCUUUUAGGAGAUAUGCGAAGAUCAAUUUGGGAUCAUAAUUGAUCUAUAGUAUUGUUUCAAAAAUCAAUAUAGAAUUAGAUUUUGUUUUAUUUGAUUUCAUGUAUUGGGUCUUAUUUCUUCUUUAGUUAUAUAUCGAUUGUAUUAUAUUAAUAGGAGCGUAUUCUUGUAAAGGACAAUUCAUUCAAUACAGAAUACGGAUUUCUCCCAA